CUGCUGCUCAUUUGAUUUCAGUGUCAAGAGGAGUUCUUCCCGUACCCCCUUGGGAAGGGCUGCCUUCCUCGGUCGCCGACUUUUGCUUUCACCGCCUGAUAAAUCCACCCAGCGAAGGGGUGUGUGCUGCAGAUGACUAUAUAAGUGGUCACAACCGGGGAGGUGAGCUGGCUGCUCCUUGCUCGUAGCCGACGGGCAGCGACCGACCGACCGACCGGAGGCGAACCGAGGCAGAGAUCCAGGGACCCUGGGGGUGCCGCCAUGGCUGAAGAUCUGCAGCUCGAAACAUGGGACCUGGAGUGCGAGCACAACAACCAGGCCCACCGGACGUCCGAGAUGGGGUCCCAGCAGCUGAUCGUACGCCGGGGGCAGCCCUUCCGGAUCACGCUCCAUUUCUCUGGGCGGCCGUACGAGGAAGGCGUGGACAAGCUCACGUUCAACGUGGAGACAGGGCCUUGUCCCAUCGAGUCCUCGGGGACCAGAUCCCCUUUCCCGCUCUCCUGCUCCCUGGAAGAAGCGACGUGGAGCUCGGCAGUGGAGAGCCAGGACGGGGCCACCCUGUCCGUGUCCAUCGUCUCCCCGCCCGACGCCCGCAUCGGCCGCUACCGCCUGACCCUGGAUGCCUCCACAGAGCAGCAGGGCUGCAGCUUCAGCCUCGGCGAGUUCACCCUCCUCUUCAACCCCUGGUGCCCAGAGGACUCGGUCUUUCUGGAAGAUGAGGAGGAACGCCUCGAGUAUGUGCUGACUCAGCACGGACUCAUCUACCAAGGGUCCAGCGACUACAUCCGUCCCAUCCCAUGGAACUUUGGGCAGUUCGAAGAUGAGAUUUUGGACAUCUGCCUCCAGCUGCUCGAUACCAACCCCAAGUUCCUCGCAAACCAAGACAAGGACUGCUCCCGGCGGAACAGCCCCAUCUACAUCAGCAGGGUGGUGAGCGCCAUGGUGAACUGCCUGGACGACAAGGGCGUGCUGUUUGGGCGCUGGGACAACCAGUAUGGCGAUGGAGUGAGCCCCAUGGCCUGGAACGGGAGCGUGGACAUCCUCUGGAGGUGGCGGAAGUUCGGAUGCCAGCCCGUCCGGUACGGGCAGUGCUGGGUCUUUGCCGCGGUGGCCUGCACAGUGCUCCGGUGCCUGGGCAUCCCCACCCGCGUGGUCACCAACUACAACUCUGCCCACGACACCAACGGCAACCUGGUCGUCGAGCUCUAUCUGGACGAGAACGGGCGGCAGCAGCAGGGGAACCGCGAGAUGAUCUGGAAUUAUCACUGCUGGGUGGAAUCUUGGAUGACCCGACCAGACCUUCCGAGCGGAUACGACGGCUGGCAGGCCAUCGACCCGACCCCUCAGGAGAAGAGUGAAGGAGUCUACUGCUGUGGGCCCACCCCCGUCAAGGCCGUCAAGGAGGGGGACCUGGCGCUGAAGUACGACGUGAAGUUUGUCUUCGCCGAGGUGAACGCGGACGUGGCCUACCUGAAGCUGCAGAGCGACAUGUCGCGGAAGCGCACCGUGCACUCCGCCGCCGUGGGCAGGAACAUCAGCACCAAGCGCGUGGGCCGGGACGACAAGGAGGACAUCACCCACCACUACAAGUACCGCGAAGACUCGGAGGAGGAGAGAGCCGUGUUUGAGAAGGCCAGGUACCAGAAGAGGCACCCACAGGCGGAGGAGGGCUUGAAGGUCAGGAUCAAAGCCUCCGAGGGGAUGAACAACGGGUGUGACUUUGACGUCUUCGCCGUCAUCAACAACAAUACCCCCACGGAGCGCCAGUGCCGCCUGAUGUUCGGCGCCCGCACGGUCACCUACAACGGGACGCUGGGGCCGGAGUGCGGGUACAAGGACCUGCUCAACGUCAUUCUGGACCCCUACGCAGAGAGGGUCGUCCCGCUGCGCAUCCUCUAUGAGAAAUACUGCGACUGCCUGACCCAGGACAACAUGAUCAAGGUGAUGGCGCUGCUUCAGGAGCAGGAGACCCAGGAGAUGGUGCUCAGCGUCAGGGAUAUCUACGUCAAGAACCCGGACAUCCGAGUCAGGAUCCUGGGGGAGCCGAUGCAGAAGCGCAAGCUGGUGGCCGAGCUCUCGCUGACCAACCCGCUCCCCUCCCCACUGAGCGGCUGCGUCUUCACCAUGGAGGGCGCCGGCCUCACGGAAGGACAGAAGAGCCAGGAGCUGGACGCCCCCGUCGGGCCAGGCGAGGAGGCCAAGGUGCGGGUGGACUUCGUGCCCCGGCAGUCGGGCCUGCGGAAGCUGGUGGUGGAUUUCGAGAGCGACAAGCUGAAGGGGGUGAAGGGCCACCGGAACGUCAUCAUCGCCCCCCUGCGCAAGUGACAUCGGCCUCGAAAGUGGGGAGGCCGCGCGAGCCUCUGGGGGCCAGGAGGGCCGGGGGCCCUGCGCCAUCGCCUUGCCCCGCACGAGCCUCCCCUUCGCCACGUUGGACGAGCCUGCAGUGGGGGGGAAGGCUGCGCCUUCUGCUAACGGCCUUUCACAGUAACCCCAGCUAUCACAACUCCACAAGCAGCCACAUGCCCCCCGCCACACCGCCCCAGGCGCUUCUUUUCUAAAUCCUAAGCAUUUUCAAACAGAAAAGGUCCCUGCAGUUUACGGCUAGCUAGGCAAUGCGAGAGCCGUGCACCUUUUUCCGCCUCAACAUGGGUAGGACUAAACCUCCUGCCCCCGGGGCCUGUUUUACAGACUUUCUGCUGCUCACGGUUCAAAGUCUGUCGCCCGCCCGCCCGCCUGCCCGCCCGCCCGGGCUGGCUGGCGUGCCAGCAGCCAGCGGUGGAGGGCGAGCCGGCCUGGGCCACGUGCUCAGCGCCAGGCCAGCGGGUCAGCGGUCUGUCUCGCGACAACGCAAGGGCAAGGUACCCCGGCCGGUUGCGUGCCUGGAAGCGAGCGCUCCUGCAGGAUCUCCAGCGACGGAGGAGGGGUCUUCGCAGGGGGGGUUCACACCCUGGGGACUCUCCCUAACCGAGAAGGCAAAGACUCCGUCUGAAGCCGGCCGUGGAAGGUGGCCGCCCUGGGCCUGCCGGGGAAGCGCAGACAUCCGAGUCUGCGAGCGGCUCAGGAGGGCCCCGUAGCAGCUCGUCUUUGCCCUUUUCCUCGGCCGGCGUUAAUCCUCGAGCUGAAGAGAAGAAGCCGGCCGGCGCUGUUCGUCGGCGGAAAAGCAGCGAUGGGCGCGUGGCCAGCCCUGCAAUGGCUCUCUGUCCCCCUCGGGGCUGUUUCUGGGGGGGUGUGCACGUAGGAGUGCCGGCCCACCUGGGGGGGGCCGGCCGGCUGCGAGGCUCUUGCCCCCUUUUGCCAAGCUGGGGACUCGCGUGCCUGUAGUUGCGCUAUGGCUGGACCAAAUCUGCAGGCGACGUUUGUGCCUGGAGAGGGAAAGAGUGGGUGGCAGCCUUUCCCAAGCCCCUGCCCUCUGGAUGUGUUAGACUACAAUUCCCAUCAUCCCCAGAGGGUAGGGCCAUUGGGCGGUGUGGUCCCGGAGAGGGAAGGCUGCCCCGAGGCACUGCAAAGAUGAGGCCAGAGUGGGGAAGGUCAGGCGGAUGCGGAAGAGCCAGUAGGGAACAGACCGGAAGGCCCCGGGCAGGGCCGGGCCGGUGGGAGAGCGCCCCCAGGAGAGAAGCCCCGCAUGAGGAAGAGGAGGGGCGCGGGCCGCCUCGCCCGCUCUCUCCACUGAGCCACGCGGCUUCCGAUGCCACAGAGGCCCCUGGUGCAGCGAGGGGGCGCUGGGGCAGGGGCCGGGGCGCUCUCGCCCGUCGCCGUGUCCCCCGAGGGGCUCUGGCGCUCGGUGCGGCGCCUCUGCUCCAUCCCUCCUCCUCUCCUCUCGCCCCAGUGGCAGCGGGUUCCCUCGCCUCAUCUGAGCCACGACGUGCGCCUGCAGGUCUUUGCACGGAAGCCUCGCCGAGCCCGUCCGGCACCAGAGCCGCCCGCGGGCCACACGGUUGCGCACGGCUGAGGAAGACGGCAGAAGAACGAGCCCGGCCUGAGGGGGGAAGGGCUGCACAAAUGAACACGGCAAGGGGGGGGGGCUUGGGGGGGGGGGGGCGGGGGGGGGGGGCUGUCCGGGCACUCGCUUCAUUCCUGCCUCACGCCUCUUGCAAAUGCUCUUUAAAUGCUCUUUUCCCAGCUCCGAUGACGGGCGAUUGAUGCAUCACCAAAUAAAGAGUCACUUUUCACUUUCCAAA